CUCUCCAGGUCUUCGUCCUCGGUGAUCGCAUCUCAGCUGCUUGUCUUCACAAGUUCUCCUCAACCCUCAACCAAGCCUCUUCUACGUCGACAUGGAGCGUACCUUCAUUGCCGUGAAGCCCGAUGGCGUCCAGAGAGGACUGUGCGGCGAGAUCAUGAAGCGAUUCGAGCAGAGAGGCUUCAGGCUGGUGGCCGCCAAGUUCAUGCAGUCCUCUGAGGACCACAUGAAGCAGCACUACCUGGACCUGAAGGAUAUGCCUUUCUAUGGUGGACUCUGCAAGUACAUGUCCUCCGGACCCGUCUUCGCCAUGGUGUGGGAGGGUCAGAGCAUUGUGAAGCUGGCCAGGAUGAUGCUGGGUGAGACCAACCCUGCUGACUCCAAGGCCGGCAGCAUCCGUGGAGACCUGUGCAUUAACAUCGGCAGGAACAUCAUCCACGGCAGCGACACCCUGGACAACGCCAAGCGUGAGAUUGACCUGUGGUUCAAGGCCGAGGAGUUUGUCACCUACACCCCCUGCUCCCAGGCUUUCCUGUAUGAGUAAACCAGCCAAUCAUCUACCAGUAAACCACACUCAAUUGGACCCCAACCCACUGACCCCGUCCGUCCAUCCUCCCUGCAGACGAUCCCCUGACUUGAUCUUAACGCAUCAAUCCCAAACAUGUAGCAUUUAUCAAUAAAGUCUCAUGU